GAACUCCUCAUUUCUCAAGCAGAACUGGCACUGUUCUUGGCCAGUGGAACUGGGAUCUUUGAGGAAUUUUCUUGGGGGAAUUUUUACACCUUGACUGUGACCCGGCUGAGACAAAGGAGCAACCUCAGGUGUUUUGUUGGGGCAGCAGCAGGCUUACUGUUUCCAAACCCUUUUCCUCAGUCAUUUCUAAUGGGAGAGUGAAUGGCACAGGAUGUGUUCACCUUGGUGGCCAGAGGCUGGUCACAUGGUCAGGGUCCUCCCAGGAGGAAAAUGCCUGGCAUUGGGAAGAUCAGAGUCUGACCCACCCACCCCCACUUCCAGUUUGGAUGCUGCUUUUUUUUCUGGAAUCUGGUGGUCCUGUGCUCCUUUGCCCGAACUGUAGGAAGUCCAGACUGGGUGCUUGGCUGCUGUUAUAAGCAGUGCAAUGAGAGACUCCUGAUGAAAUAGGAUAGGGGAUAGGGCUUGAGAGCUGAUGGGUGUCCUGGCAUGUAUCGAUGCGAGCACAGGAAGUUCGUCAGUUUAUAGUUGGUGGUGUAAGGAGUCUACUUCCCCAUCCCCACCCCAACAUGGGUCAAAGUGCUCAAUAGUUGUCAUCCUGAUGAGUAAACAUGCCAGUCACCUGGGUUUUCCCUGAUUUCUAGUAUGGCUGGGUAUUGGUUCUAAUUAUCUACUGCUACGAAAAGGUCAGAUAACAAACCACCCUUAAACCAAACAGCUAAAGCAACCAGUUAUUACUCAUACAUUGAGGAUGAAGAAUUUGAAUAGCUCUGUGCCAUUCACUGUAGGGGUCCUGAUGGCGCUAUGGCAGCAUCUGGACUAAGCUGAGACCUCCAUACUUCUUUUUAAUGUAUUUAAUGUAUGUAUGGGACCCAUCAUCCUUAGGGAGAUGUACCCUUGGUGAAGUAUCUUGUGUCCCCCAUCAGAUUUUUGAGCCUCCUCUUACCCCUAUCAUCUCAAGAACUAUUUGCUGGCCUAUAGAUGCCCCUGGUGUUCUGAUUCCAGGGUGGGAAUGGUUGGUGGUUUGACUUCAGAGGCCGGAGUCAGAAGUGUGGGUUUCAGGCCAGGUGGGAGGUUAGAGUGAUGAGGUUGGGCUGACAGGGAGGGUGAGGGACAGCCAGUCAUUGGCACUUCCAAGGGGCAGAGAGGUACAGCAGGAAUGCAGGACGGCCUCAGGAGUGGGAACAGGUGAGGAAGUGCACUGUGGAUAGCUGCAUGAGUUGAGGAUGAGCCAAAGAUUUAUAGGAGGAAGCUAAGUGUUCUGGUGGUAAUGAGCAGGAUGCCUGGACCAUGAUAGAGGGAGACUGAGGCAGGUGUAGUCAACUCCUAGGUACUUGGAUGUCUUUGUUCCUCCUGCUUGGUGGCUUUGUCACAGUGAUGAAAGAGCCUGAAUAGUCUUACCUUCCCGUGACCCUGUCCAGUAAGUCUGGAAACAGUGCUGAAACUGUGACCCAACCCAAGGGGAGAAGGGUGUCACUUCAGGGGGCCUCUCAUUGGCUCUCACCUCCCACCUUGCCUGAGCCUUCUCCCUUGUGAUCAGUUCAGCUGUACCUCCUCAUUCACCUAUGGCUCCCUGGUCACAGUGGGCCCAGGAUGUGUCUGUUAGAGGAAUUUGAACUCUGUCUCUAGUGGUUCCGUGCUGGGUACUCCCACUGGUGUGUGUGGGGGGGACCAGCUACCUCAAGGUGUGGAAAGUUAGCCUCCCGGGCACUGUUGCCCAGGAAGUCAGUCUGGGCUCACCUUCCAGUACUAGAUGGCUGACUGGCUCAGACAGGUUUGACCGCAUUCCUGCAGGGAGAGGGCUGGCAUUAGCUUUCUUGAGACUGAAGGGGCGUCGCCUAACUGAUUUGCAUCAUGGAAAACAGAGUACCUUGGGUUUUUAUAGGUCUGGCUAGAGGUUGAAGGAACCAAUUUGGGGGUAGCCCAGGGGUUAUCUAGGGGAUUAUUGGCCUCCCACUGUGUCUGUGGGACAGAUGAAACACUGCCCAUCAGUUUCUUUGCCAGCCUGGUUCCCUGGGAGAACACCACUACUGGGGAUGGCCAGGAGGUAUUCUUGGGAAGAUGACAGGCUGCUUGCAUCGUGGCCUUCCCAGCUAUCCGGGUGACCUGCAUGGGUUCCUGUGGGGUCUCCAACAAGGCCAACGAUGGGGCAUGGGUGGUGGAGGAGAGCUACUUCAACAGCUCCCUGUCACUGGCUGACAAGGGAAGUCUGCCGGCUGGAGAGCACAACUUCCCCUUUCAGUUCCUGCUUCCUGCCACAGCACCCACAUCUUUUGAGGGACCCUUUGGGAAGAUUGUGCACCAGGUGAGGGCCUCCAUCGACACUCCACGUUUUUCCAAGGAUCACAAAUGUAGCCUCGUGUUCUACAUCCUGAGCCCCUUGAACCUGAACAGCAUCCCAGAUAUUGAGCAACCCAACGUGGCCUCCACUACCAAGAAGUUCUCCUACAAGCUGGUGAAGACGGGCAAUGUGGUUCUCACAGCUAGCACUGACCUUCGUGGCUAUGUGGUGGGACAGGUGCUUCGGCUGCAGGCUGACAUUGAGAACCAAUCAGGCAAGGACACCAGCCCUGUGGUGGCCAGCUUGCUACAGAAAGUAUCCUAUAAGGCCAAGCGCUGGAUCUACGAUGUGCGAACCAUUGCAGAGGUGGAGGGUACAGGUGUCAAGGCCUGGAGGCGUGCUCAGUGGCAAGAACAGAUCCUGGUGCCUGCCCUGCCCCAGUCAGCCCUGCCUGGCUGCAGCCUUAUCCACAUCGACUAUUACCUGCAGGUUUGGUGUUGUCCGGGGCUGUGUGGCCUGAGGCUAGGUGCCCUUGGCCUGACUCCUCAAUGCCUGCAUUCUUUCCAGGUCUCCAUGAAGGCACCCGAAGCCACCGUGACUCUCCCACUCUUUGUUGGCAAUAUUGCUGUGAACCAGACCCCACUGAGCCCCUGUGUAGGCCCAGGGUCCUCUCCUGGGGCCCUGUCCCCAGUGGUGCCCUCUGCACCCCCCCAGGAAGAGGCCGAGGCAGUGGCCGGCGGCCCCCACUUAUCAGACCCAGUCUCCCUCUCUACCAAGAUCCAUUCUCAGCGGCAGCAGCCACCGCCCACUCCGCUGGGUCCUGUGUCCGUCCCCACCGGUGACCCCUGUGUUCAGGUUGGAAGCCCUGCCAGCCGUUCCCUGCACCCUCCCCUGUGCAUCUCGAUCGGUGCCACCGUCCCCUACUUUGCAGAAGGCUCCGGGGGCCCAGUGCCCACCACCAGCGCCUUGAUCCUCCCUCCAGAGUACAGCUCAUGGGGCUACCCCUAUGAGGCUCCACCGUCCUAUGAACAGAGCUGUGGUGCCAGUACAGACCCUGGCCUGAUCCCAGGGAGCUGACCCUGGUGAGCUCACCCCAUGCCGCCUUCUUCGGUGGGCCUGGCCUUUGCCCUGGGAUGAGCCGCCCAGGGCCUCGUGCCUUUGCUCUCUACCUGGCCCAGCUACUCAGGACCUGCAGCCGUCGGGAUGACCUCUGAUGGACCAGCCUCUCCGGGCUCCUCUGGAACUAAUCAGUCCUCUUCUCCAGAGGUUGGGAUAGGGCGGCAGGGGAUCUGGGACCUGGAGAGACUAUAAAUAAACAAAGCAUUUUAUUUGUAGA